GACUAAUUUGAGGAUUAAGCCUAAAAUAAAAAACAAACAAGCCACUGUCGUAUCUUUCAUUUUUCAGUGUGUUCUUUCUUCCCUCUCUUCUCUCCCAAGAACACAAGAACUCAAGAAGCAUUACCUUUCUGUGUAGCCUCAAUUCUCGUGCAGUUGAUUUCAGGUGCGGUUUUAAUCAAGAAAUGGAUGAUGAUCAUAUAUCAGAUUUGCCCAUAAUCAUCCUCCAUGACAUUCUGUCAAGAUUGCCGGAGAAAGAUGCUGCUAGGGCAAGUGUUUUGUCCAAAGCGUGGGCAGAAACAUUGUCUACGUUUCCCAUCCUAUCUUUCUCUAUUUCCAAAAUGAUAGGAAUGUGUUCUCUGACAACGGAAGAAGAAUUUUCCAUGAUAAGAAAGAACUUUGUUGAUUAUGUGAAGAAAACAUUGCUAAGGUUUCAUGACCAAGGCUUAGCAAUCAAAGAGUUACAGCUCAAUGUGGACUGUUUUGACUUUCAUUACAUGUCUCGGCAUGUUGAUCUUUGGCUGAAAUUGGCUGCUGAGAGUGGUGUUGAGGUACUGGAACUUUGCCUGCCUUAUAGAUAUGAACUGAAAGAGGAAGGUCGGUUGUGUUGCUAUGUGUUGCCAACAGGUGUUCUUGAAGCCAAAUCACUUAAGAAGUUAGUGUUGAAGGGGGGAAUCUUCGUUGAUCAAGCAUUCAUGAAACAUUCAAUCAAGUUUUUCUCGUUGCGAGAACUAACAUUGCGGCGUGUCCUUCUGGAAGAUGAGCAGGUAAUAGAGUAUCUCAUUUCUCGCUGCCCUUUGAUUGAAUAUGUAACUUUAACGUUCUGUUCUGUGCUGAAACCUGGUGGAGCAGGAGGCCUGCUUAGGUCAAGGGCCUUUAAAAUGAAAUCUAUGAGCAUGCGCGGUCUGUUGAAGCUCAAGGGAGUUGACAUUAUAGGAAUACAGGAGGUUUAUGUUGAUUCCCCGAGUCUUGAGAAUUUAUGUUAUUGUGCUGAUGAUUUCUACUUAACUUGUAAGUUGGAGUUUGAAAGGUGCAAAAAUUUGAAAAGCUUACACUUGCGGCAUUUUAAGAGUACUGUUAUCACACAGAAGUGGUUUAUUGAACUGUUUCUUAAAUUUCCUUUCCUUGAGAGUUUGAAAUUGGACAAUUGCACAAUGUCUGAGAGGAUUUGUAUUUCAAGUGAUAAACUCACGGUAUUGAUGUUGUCCAAAUGCUCUAACUUGAAGGAGGUUAUCAUUGAUGCUCCAAAUCUAUCAUCAUGUCAAUAUGUUGGUCAUAGAGCACCAAAACCUAUUAUAUCUUUUCUGAGAAGUUCUAGUCAACUAGAAGUCAAUGUUGAGAUGUACUUUGAUCAUCUAGAUCUUUCUGACUUGAGGGAAUUUAUCCAAAACUUCAAGCCUCAAAAUGUUUUGGCAUCUCUUUCCUUAUCUAUAGAUCAGUCGAUUGUGGAUGAAUUCAACCCAAUUGUCUUGCAAGAUUCAUCCCCUCCGCCGAUCAUUAAACACUUGAACCUACAAUCUGUUCCUGAAAAUGAAACAUUGUUUUGGCCUGUUGUUAAUAGUUUACUUUCAAGUUGCUGCCCUGAAACUAUUUCGUUGUGCUUGCAUUCAUAUUGCUGCAGCAGAGCAUUCAUUGAGUUUCUCUAUGAGACGCUUGUGGGCAGGAAAGAGAACGACUGUUUUUGCAGUUCUGGUAGUGCCAAGUGUUGGUGGCAUGGACUGAAGGGUGUUAAAAUCACAAACACUAGCAAUACCGAUGGGAAUGCUGAUUUUAAGACCACGUUAGAUGCGUUGCCAACUUGGGGAGAUUUUGACAAUAUUAUCUUUAGGUUGGAAUUGUAGUUUUGUUAUCUACUGAGAUGUUACUGCAUAAUGAGAUGGGCAUAGGUAGACCAACCAAUCUUUGAUGUAGGCCACGAAACUGGACGAAAUAUGUUUAUAUGUUCCCCUUUUGGGUUGCCCUUGUCUUUGAUGCGAUAGAUAGGCCUCAUGGUUGCAAUUUAUUUGUGGUGGAUAUUAGAGCUUGAAAAGGAAGACAAGAACUGAGCAAUUUAUUUUGUGGUGGAAUUUUAGAGCUUUUGCAAUUUACAUUGAUUUCA